CCAUUAAAAAGUACUAGUUCAGAAACAGAGGGAGAAGAGGGGUGGUGGAGCAAGUGUAACAUACCAAACCCAGAAAGAAAAGAAAAGAAAACCCCCCAUUAAAUAGUUUUUAUUAUUUUGUAAAAAAACAAAACAAAAUGCAGGAAUCACAAAUGUCUCUCCAAAAUGACAACAACAACGAUGACGACUUUGACCCAGCAGUUACCCACGACGAUUUCCUUGAUCAAAUGCUUUCCGGCCUCCAAACCACCGUCACCUGGCCGGACAUCAACGGUCAAACUAAACCAUGGGAUGUUGACCAUUUUGAUGAUCAGUCUGCAGCCUUUCUUUCUUCCAAACUUCUUCAGCACCAGAUCACCACCACUGCCGCCGCCGCCCGUACGCCGGCAAAACCCCUCCAGCUGACACGUGGCUUAACUUCACCGAUUGGAGAUAACAACGCGAUACAAAAUUUGUUUCAUGGAUUUACUGCUGGAUCCUUGUCAACAAACCAAACCCAACAAUUUCCGGGUCAGAAUUUUGGAUCUCCUGGAGCAGCAGCGGUAACAAGUGCAACGGUGGCUAGCGGCGGCGGCGGCGGCGGCGGUGGUACACCGUCACAGCCACGCCAAAGAGUUAGAGCUAGAAGAGGACAAGCAACUGACCCACAUAGCAUUGCGGAAAGAUUACGUCGGGAGAGGAUUGCUGAGAGGAUGAAAGCAUUGCAGGAACUUGUGCCAAAUGCUAACAAAACGGACAAGGCUUCAAUGCUAGAUGAGAUCAUAGACUAUGUCAGAUUCCUACAGCUCCAAGUCAAGGUGUUGAGCAUGAGCAGAUUGGGAGGUGCCGCUUCAAAUGUCACCAAUCCGGUCGUUGCUGAGGGUGGUGCCCGUAGUAGUAACGGAACCACAUCGUCUACCAACAAUGAGACCAUGACUGUAACUGAAAACCAAGUAGUGAAAUUAAUGGAAGAAGAUAUGGGUUCCGCCAUGCAAUAUCUACAAGGAAAGGGUCUUUGUCUUAUGCCAAUUUCACUCGCAACAGCUAUUUCAAAUGCUACUUGUCAUCCCACCGGCUCUAGAAACAACCUCCCGUUAGGAGGAGAAGGUGGAGGCCCAUCGUCUCCUAAUAUCUCUGUGUUAACUGUUCAGUCUGCUAAUGGGGUUUUGGUUAAGGACUCACCGUAGUCCGUUGACUGACCGUCUUUCGUUUGGCUUUUGUAAAUGGAGGGGAAAAAAGAGACCUUUCUUAAUUGGUCGUUUUUUAUUAUAUAUUAUCGCAUUUUGUGUCAAGUCUAACAAACAUGAGGGGGUGCUUUGAAAGAUAGUUUAACCAUACUUCAAAUCCUUAAUGCAAUAUCGUUUCCUUAUAUGCUUAA